AUGGCCCGAAGGCAGCGCACCGACUCGGGGCUCUUGCAGCCGGGGGCGAAAGAGCUGCGGGAUUUUGGAGCUGACAAGCUCAUCCUGGCCCUGUCCAGUGCGCCAAAGAUCUUUGCCAUGCAAGCCACGACCUCCGAGAUGGUUUGGACCAAGUACCUUGGUGCCGAAGAUGAUGACUGCGCCUUUGCGCCAAAAAACAGAAGUGGCCUCGACCCCUGCACGCCCUGGAUGCAGCUCCUGCCCUCGAGUGCCUCGCCCCACGCAGAGCUCGUGGUCAUCGCGCCACGCCGAGGGAAGUCGCAGCAAGUGCUGUGGCUGGAACCCCUGACAGGUGAAGUGCUUCACCAAGAAUCAAUGCCAGAUGCCGACAUCACUGCAGUGACGGCACUGCCCCACAAAGGCAAGACUCUCCGACUUCAUCCGCUGAUGCUUAUCGACAGCUCCGGGGGGCUCCAUACCCUGCCGAAGAACGCGCAGGAGCUCCAGGAAUCUGCGGGUAGCCUCUACCAUUACGAAGUGGACACCACCAACCAGGUGAUCCAAGGCUUUGCAGUGCCAAAUCUCGGCGAAAAGAGGCCGGACAAGCUCGUCCCCAUCUGGAACAUGGAGCUGGGAUCUCUUGGCGAAACAAUUCUGACAGCUGCCACUCCGCAGCACAAGCAGUGGGAUCACGUCCCGGUGCACAUCAAAGGGGAUGCCAGCAUCCUCUACAAGUACAUCAACCCGAACAUGCUCUCCGUGGCGUCAGAGGACAAGCUCGGACUGAACCUCUACAUUUUGGAUGCCGUCACGGGCCAUCUGAUUCAUCAGAGCCAAGUGGCCGGUGGAGCGUCGCCGGUGCACCUGAUUGCAUGCGACAACUGGGUCGCGAUGCACUACCGGAAUCCCAAGAAGACACGAUUUGAGAUCCUGGUGACCGAACUUUUCCAGAACAAGGCCGAUGAUGGGCCCUGGGAUAUUCUUUUCGGAAAGAAGGGCGCGGCGGUGCGAAGUGCCCACCACCUCGAGCGACCUGUUCCUCUUCAGCAGACAUACAUCAUGCCUGCGGGCAUCUCGGCCAUGGGCGUGACGGCCACGCUGAAGGGCAUCACGCCGCGGUCGAUCCUCAUGGCACUGACCACGGACCAUCUGACCCGAGUCUCCAAGGAUAUGCUGAACCCACGCAGGCCUUACCCGACGAAUGCGCCAGCGGCCAAAGCCAAAGUCCCUUCGCAGUUUGCACCUUCGAAGGACGAGCCGCUGCCGCCCUACAACCCCAUGGUGCCAUUGAGGCAGACCGAGAUGCUGAACUACUACCAAGCCGUGGCCUCAGGGCGUCGAUCCACAUCUUGGACCCCUGCAGUAGGUUUCCAGGACAAUGUAAGGCUUGCUACGUCACUAACUAUGACGGCACUAGAAAGCGAGCCUCCUUUGCCUUUUCCUGUGCUGUGGCCUACAAUGACGUACAAACGUACCGUGUGGGGGUUUCCGAAAACAGGGGACCCUAAUAUAGUACCCUAA